AUGGCAUCCGCUCGCAGCAGCCGCAACGGCACGCUUAAAGAGCUCAACCGCUUGCUCAUUAGCGAUGGUCGUCGGAGCCUGUGGACUCGUUCCAUACAGACCUUGGAUCAGAUGCAAGCCUCGCAGAUUCAAGCUGAUGCCUUCACCUGCAGCUCUGCUAUUAGCUCCUGCGAGAAAGGGGCUUGGCAGAUUGCCCUUCACUGCUUCGGCAGCCUGUGCCGAUCUGUCCUUCCCAACGCAGUCGUGUACACCACCCUGAUGGUGGCCUUCAGCCGGUAUGGAGAGUGGCGACAGGCCCUCGACCUGUUCCGGGUAGCGGAGCACGCGCACACGGACAUUGUGCUCUACGGCGCCGCAGUGAAGGCCUGCGAGGAGGGCAGCCAAUGGCAGGAGGCCAUUUGCAUCCUCCAAAGCCUCCCUGACCGGGCUUUGGUCCCGGACACGACCCUGGUGAACUCGGCCAUCAGUGCUUGUGAGAAGGCCGAAGAGUGGCCGUGGGCCCUCCACUUGCUCCGGACGCUCUCGGACUGGGUCCUCCGUGCCGACGCCAUUUCUUUCAGUGCCGCGAUCAGCGCUUGCGAAAAAGCCAUGCAGUGGCAGCAGGCACUUCUCGUUCUUGGCGAUGUCGAGCACAGUUUGCUGGAAUUGGACAUCAUCCUCUGCAAUGCCGCUCUCAGCAGCUGCGCCAAGGGAGCAUGGACGUGGAGCUUGCACCUGCUUGCCAGUCUGGAGCAGAGGGCGCUGGCGGCAAGCCAGAUCACCUUCAAUGCGGCAACGGCAGCUGCUGCGGCCAGCCCAUGGCAGCUCGCUUGGUGCCUCUUGCCCAGCUUCACAUCCCACACCCUCCGGACCGAUGUGAUCGCAUACAAUGCUGUGGUGUCCGGUGUCGGGGGAGAGUGGCCGGUGGCCUGCCAGCUGCUUUGCAAAAUUGAGGAGGUACUUCUAAACUCUUCAGUGGUGAGUUAUACCGCAGCUUUGGAAGCUUUCGCCACGCCCGACGACGUGGUGUCCCCAUGCGUCGCUGCCGAGAAGCAAAGAAUCGCAGAAGAGUUCUUGCACGCCAGAAUCAGGUUGCAGCUAGUAUGUUUCGUCAUGGCGCCGCAGCUUAUCCUGCCUCGGGAUGCUGCAGAGCUUCGGCGAGCUUGUGCGGCGGACAGUGGGGAGGGAGGGAGGGUGAGCACGGGAGAGAGCGAGAUGCGAGACUUCGAGCAGAGUUCUCCCCCGGAUCCCGUUGAGUGCAGCAUUUGUUUGGAGGGCGAUGCCAAUGUCCUGCUGCCGUGUGGUCACCGCUACCAUGCAGAAUGCUUGGACCGAUGGUUCGAAACUCGUCAGGUCUGCCCCACCUGCGGAAGAGCCUACGGGGACACUGUAGGAACGAUGCCAGAUGGAGUGAUGAGCUGGCAUUUUCGAAAGCAACGCCUGGCUGGCUACAGUUGCCCCACCGUGGUACUUCAUUUCUUCUUUCCGCGCGGUACAGUCGACGGAGAGGAGUUUGAGGGUCGAUCGCAGCAUGCAUAUUUGCCGGACGACGAAGAAGGACGUUCUCUCCUGGCACUCUUCCAGUUGGCCUUCCGUCGAAGACUCCUUUUCGGUCUAAGACCUUCUUUGACGACGGGGCGCCUGCGGCCGACAUUUUCCAUUCACAUGAAAACGUCCAUGAGUGGUGGCCCAGCCCGACAUGGGUACCCGGACCCGCAAUACUACAGAAGCGCCCUGGAAGAGUUGCGAUUGGCAGGCGUCGAAAUCGACGCGGCUCUGCCGGUUGCAGUGUCUCUCCACAGAAGCUCCUACGGCUGUGCCAGAUGUGGACGGAACGCAGUGGCUGUUCUCAACCACUUAAUCUACCCGGUCACCCCUCUGGCAUGCUUCUUCGCGCUGGCAGCGACAGGAGAGGGGCGAAUGGCGGUUCUGGCUGCGAUUUCAGUGGAAGCAGGGCUCACUCUCCCGGCCUUCCCGUCCACGCUGGGAUUCCUGCUAUGGAUUCUCCUGACAACGAUCGCGUACACAUCGCUGGACUUGGUCUGCAUGUUGGCCACCGGCAUUGCAAACUUGUACGUCGUGCUUCGAUUGCUUCUGCAGCACCGAUACAGCUGCUUCGACACGGUUGCGAACCGAGCCCGCUCCUGGGUAUCAAACCGCCUGUUCCAGCUGGGCCUCCUGAAUCUGGUGAUUCUCUAUUCUGGCAUUUGGCAGUAUACCUUGGCAAGGUUUCUCUGGCAGGAGCUGCGGGCUCUUUCCUGGUGCAGCUCUUGCGGAGAGCUGGGUACCGAAGCCCUGCAUGGGUCCAGGACACCAUGA